AUGAUCAGAGAGAAGCUGAAACAAGCACAGAACCGUCAAAAGAGUUACUAUGAUAACAAGCAUAGACCAUUGGAGUUUAGUGAGGGUGAACACGUGUUUGUGAGACUUUCACCUGUCACCGGUGUUGGUCGUGCUCUCAUAGUGAUGAAGCUUAUCUCGAGAUUCAUUGGGUCAUACCAGAUACUUGGUAUGCUAUGGAGAUACAUAGCGAAUCCUUCGCACAUUGUGCAACUUGAUGAUGUGAAAAUUCGAGAGAACUUAAAGACUCUCGUAGGACCAUUCAAGAUACUCGAUCGUGGGGAGAAGAAACUAAGAAGCAAGAUCAUUCCCAUGGUCAAAGUGCAGUGCCAAGGAAGAACUCCAGAGGAGUGUACUUGGGAGCGGGAGGAUGAGCUUCUCUGGCAAUACCCCGAGUUUAGGGACAUGUAUGUCUCUAAUUUUGUGGACAAAAUUCUUAAAAGGUGGGGUGAAUAUAAGAACCUGCAACGUUAA